UCUGAAGGCGGCUGGAGCUCUCGAUUGCACCGAGCAAGCUACAUCACGAAUCCGGCAACACCACCACCCCCCUCACCACCGACGACAACCUCGCGAAAUCGAACAAAUCCAAGACCGAAGUGACCAAAUACUUGCCACUACAGCCAAAAAAUAAUAAUCAGGAUGGCUCAGGGCGAAUCGGCUAGGGUGCAGGAGGCACAGAAGGCGGCCAAGUCAGAUCCCCGAAAGGCAGAGCAGCUGUUUAAGGAAAUCAUCUCUCAGCCUCCUUCCUCUGCGACCUCCGAUGCCGCAGUGAAGGAGUACGAGACGGCACUGAUCAGCUUGGGAGAGCUGUACCGGGAUGAGAAGAAGACGCAGGAGCUUGUCGACCUGAUCACAAAAAGCCGGACAGUUCUCUCGUCAUUCGCCAAGGCAAAGACAGCAAAGCUGGUCCGCACUCUACUCGACCUCUUCGAGAACAUUGAGGGCAGCACCGAUAUUCAGAUCGCCGUUACGAAGUCAUGUAUAGAAUGGGCAACUUCGGAGCGCCGCAGUUUCCUGCGCCAGAAUCUCGAGACCCGUUUGGUCACUCUCCUCAUGGCGAAGCAGUCCUACUACGACGCCCUCACUCUCAUCAACGGCCUCCUCCGCGAGCUUAAGCGCCUGGACGACAAGCUCGUCCUCGUCGAGGUCCAGCUUCUCGAGUCGCGUGUCUACCACGCCCUUGGCAACAUCCCCAAGGCGCGCGCUGCUCUCACGAGCGCCCGCACGAGCGCCGCCUCCGUUUACACCCCGCCCCUCCUCCAAGCCCACCUCGACAUGCAGAGCGGUAUGCUCCACGCCGAAGACAAGGACUUCAACACGGCCUUCUCUUACUUCAUCGAGGCCCUUGACGGCUACCACACCCAGGACGAGUCCGUCAAGGCCACCGCUGCUCUACAGUACAUGUUGCUCUGCAAGAUCAUGCUGAACCUGGCCGACGACGUCAACAACCUGAUGACGUCGAAGCAGGCUCAGAAGUACGCUAGCAAGAACCUCGAGGCCAUGAAGGCCAUCGCCCGCGCACACUCCAACCGCUCCUUGGAGGAGUACGAACAAGCUCUCCAGUCUUACCGCGAGCAGCUCGGCAGCGACGCCUUUAUUCGCAACCACCUGCGACGUCUGUACGACGCCAUGCUGGAGCAAAACCUUAUCAAGGUCAUCGAGCCCUUCUCUCGCGUCGAGAUCAACCACAUCGCCAAGAUGGUCGGCCUCGACACGCAACAGGUGGAGCGCAAGCUCUCACAGAUGAUUCUGGACAAGGUCAUCAUCGGUGUUUUGGACCAGGGUGCGGGAUGCCUCAUUAUUUACGACGAGACGGAGCGCGACAGCGCAUACGACCAUGCCCUGGCCACGAUUGAGAAGUUGAGCAGUGUGGUGGACGUCCUCUACACCAACCAGGCCUCGAUGCUUGAGUAAAAGACAACGGCAGGCGUCUAGGGUUGGCAGCUGGAGGACAGCGGAAGGAAUUUGGGAACUGUACUAUUACCAUAGACAAAUGCCGGCGGUGCAUGAGACAGAAUUUAUUCUGAUGUGGUAUCCUAACAAAUGCGGGGAGGGCAAGCUCGUGGCUCCCGAGUGACUGGAAAAAACAAAAACGUGACAGUAAUCCGACCCUUCAACGCCUAAACCAAAACCCAUAUAUACGUGAUUCUGUAUGCUCAUUGAGCAUGAGGCUUUCGUGGAGACCAUUUUGGUCCCUAUACUGUGAACACAACCCCAGUAAAACACCGUCAUGCACACCACCCAUCGUCCCCCUGGCCA